GAAUUUUGCACAGGUGGUGCUGGUGAUGUCAGUUCAGUUUUACGUCAGUUUGCAGAGAGCCAGCUUAAGCCGAGUGUGCUGACCAGGUACUUGCGUGUUGGUUCAGUGCGUGCUUUUCUGUAAGAAAAGAAAAACUGCUGCUGUCUUCAGGUUAGGAUGGCGUUCCUUGUAAAUUCGAGUCUCGUUGCCCGGGCCCUGGUCCUCGGUGUGUUGUGUGGCCGUGUCGGGCUGGUGGUGGCGUUUUUCGGCUGGAUGAAGGAGACGCCCACCACUGUGGAACCCCCUCCCGCGGUCGUGUCGGCGAACACGCACGGGGAAACUCCGCCAUUUGAGAUGACCACGGCAGACGACCGCUUCCUCGCCGAAGCCAAACAACUUGAGCUGUCCCCUCUCGACAGCUGUCACUACAAGGUGAUCGCCCAGCUGAAAUCCUCCUGCAGUGGCCUAUCGGAAGAGGAGAUUGCCAAACUGGGCGUGGUCUUGUUCAACUGCCAGGCAGAGGUGGAAGGGCGAAAGACCUACCCCUGCACCCCAGAAAUGACGAUCAAAGAGUGCACAGAGCCAAUGGAUGCAGACACCUGGAAUGCCUACCACAUCGUGAGCAACCGAGCGCGCUCUGUGUGCUACACCACGCGCCAGCAGCACUUCAAGAGGAGGACAGAGGUGACUGUCAACUCGCUCGUCGCCACGGCAACCAGCCAGCUGGAGGCCAUGCGUGUGCUCAAGGAUGGCCAGGCUGAGCUGAAGGAACUGACAGCCUCAUCUCUGGAGAAGGUUCUGAGCAGUCAGAGUUCUUUGCUUGAGCAGCAGGGGGCGCUACAACAGGGGCAGGAGGAGCUGGAGUCCUCCAUCGACAUCAACCUGGAGCGCCUGGCGCAGGAGAAGGCGCUCAUCGCCAGUGGGCACCAGCUCGUGGCGCAGCUCAUCGAGGGCAUCACACACCGCAUGGACAAUGUGAGCAAGCACCUGAAGGGCCAGGGUGAGGACCUGCAGGAGGGACACCAAGCCAUCCUGGCUGACCUGGCUGAAGUGAGGAGCCGGGCCCAGGACAUCUACUCCAAGAUAGACUCAAACCUGUCUGGAUUCCUGCGUUAUCAGAACCGCACUGCUCGCUACUUCGAGCAGUUGAUGGGGAACCUGCAGCGCAUGAACAGCACGCUGGGGACGCUGCUGCACUACAUGGACAGGAUGCAGGGCAGCGUGGAGAGCAGGCUGCAGCACAUCCAGGGCUUCAUCGGCUGGGUCGGCGUUAACCUCUCUGCAGUGUCCACCUGUGUCCUGCACACUGGCUACUUCCUGCUGGCUGCUCUACUCAUGACUUUCCUGCAGACUCCUGGCCUGCCCCGCGCCAUGCUCCUGGUGCUAGUUGUUCUAAACGCACUGUCUGAGCUCAACCAGCAACCCGCCAUGGACUUCCGCAGCCUCACCAUCCUCCUGGUGCUCGCCGCCAUUGGUAACUGGUUCCUGCUGCGGCUGGUGAGCGGUUGUUCUGCGGUGACCCGUCGAAGAUCCCAGGCCGCCCUGCCUGCCUCCAGCACCUCGGAGACCCUCAGACCUGUGGGCUGGCCCCUCGCCUCAACGCCAAACAGGGACCUGGCUGAUGUGAAAGAUGAUCUGCCGGCGCUGGAGCAGGACAGCUGUCUCUUCGAUGAGGGCAGCCUGGUGGACCUCUCUCUGCAGGGGGCUGAGCCACUGCCCCCUCGGUUGUUGAAGAUGCGCCCCCGAUCUGAGGGGACCCCCAGUCACUCCACCCCGCUGCUGAAGAAGAGAACCAGCCUGCCUGUGAUGGCGCUAGAGGGCGUCCCCCAGAGACACCUGGGCUCCCUUCUCGAUGGAAUCUCAGAAUCCAGGCUGGGCAGCCCCAACCAGUCCAUGGGCAGCAAUGGGUCCAUGUCCGGCAGACAGUUAUGCAGUGGCAUCACCAAGACUGGACUGCUCUGCAAAAAGAGAGCGGUGAGGGGGUGGGAAUUCUGUCAUGUGCAUGAGGCUGGACAAGCAUCCUACACCAGUUAGAGCCUGCCACUACAACCUGCUCCACCAGACAGCACAGCUACAACCCUGGAGAAUGAGAUCCACACACGCAACCAACACUCCAGCACUGCUGUAGGCCAGGGUUGGAAGCUCUCGCUAGUCCUGCACCCAGUUUAGGUAUAUUUUUAAAAUGACCAGCAAUCAGAACCCUCUACUGAAUCUGAACUGAUUUUCUCUUCAUAUCACAGCUUAUCUUUUUGAAUCUGUAGGUUUUAUUAUUGGGAGGUGCUGUUCAUGGAGCUAUAGGGGAGGAAAUAAUUAAACAGGUUUGAUUGCACAAACUCCAAAUUCUUUCAAUAUUAUACUUGAUUGAAGGUGUUUCUGAAACCCAGGAUUGUGUACAGCAGGACUAGUGAGGUUCCUCUUGUAGGCUGAACUGACACCCUGCUUUUGAGCUGGAAGAGAAGAAAGACCUACAAUUAGUGUGUGUAACUCAAAUGCGAUGUGUGUGUGUUUUGUAGUCUGUGUGUAAAAAGGAGGGUUUGUGGUUUUACUGAUCUGGGACAAAGAGGACUCUUGCUGACUAGUGCACACCCUUGGGCUGCAAUGUAACAGUCUGUCUGGCCAUAUACUGGACUGUCUUGACUCCCAGCUGUGUUCUGGGAGAGACUGCCACUGGUUGUGUUGUAUCCAUGUCUUUUUUAACUUUGUAAAAUGUAUUAUUUUUUUAUAUUUAAUAAAGCCUUUUAAGAUGUUAA